AUGACUUCUAACAUUUUUACCUGCCCUUUCUUUCUCUCUCUAUGUUUAUCUCUUACUGUCUCUCUCUCUUUCUCUCUCUCUCUCUCUCUCUCUCUCUCUCUCUCUAUCUAUCUAUCUAUCUAUCUAUCUAUCUAUCUAUCUAUCUCUUCCUCCUCCUUCCUGCAUUUUCUUUCUUUUAUCCUUUUCCAUCCUUUUCUUCAGUUUCUCUUUCAUCUUGCUUACUUCUUCGCUAUUUUUUAUUUUUCCUUACAUAUUUUUUUUUAUUUUUUUACAUCCUUCUUUCUCUUUCUUUUAUUCUAUAAUUCCUUUUAUUUUAUUUCCUUUCUUUUUUUGUUACUUUAUAUUUUUCUUUCUUUUCUCUUUCCGUUCUUUCUAUAUUCAUAUACAGUGUGUUUUUCUUCAAUUCUUAUUCUUUCUUUCUUUUUAUUUCCCACUUAUGUUUUCCUUCUCCAUCACACUUUCUAUUUCUCUCCAUUUUAUUUUAUCUUCUUUUUCUUUUUUCACUUUAUUUUCUUCUCAAUGUUAUUGUUUCUUUUUUUCUUCUUCUACUUUUUCUUAGUUUUUAUUACUCGCUCAUAUUUGUCCUUCUUGUCUUCUACAUUAUUCUCUCUAAAAUUAUUUCUUCUUCUUCUUUUUCAUUUCUUUUCCAUGUUUUCCUCUUCUUUUUCUCGCUCUUGUUCCUAUUCUCUUUUCCACGUUUUUCAUCGUUCUCUUUUCGCUUUAUUCUGUCUCUCCUUUUUUUAUUAUUUGUUUUUCUCUUCUUUUUAUCUUUCCUCCUCUUCUUUCCCCUCUUUCUUUUCAUUUUUCUCCCUCUUCUCCUCUAAUUAUUUUAUUGCUGUCAAUCCCCUCUUUCCAUCCCUCUCUAUCCUUUGUUCUCCAUCAACUUUCAUUUUCUUCUUCUUCUUCUUCUUCAUUCACUAUAGACAUCAUUCUUUCUCGCCUUACAUUUUCUUCUUUACUUAUAAUUGGUUUAUUUCUUCUUCUUCAUUCUUUUUCUUCUUCAAUCAUUUCUUUCUUUAUUUUUCUUUUUUUUUUUUCACAAUUUCUUUCCUUCUUUCUUUCUAUUUCCUCCUACUUUUCUCUUUUAAUCAUUUUUCUUCCUGA